AUGAAAACUAAAUCGUUAUCGCGACAAACAGAUGAUAAUAAUAAUAAUGGAAAAAAAGUGAAGAGACCGUUCUUUAUUAAAUAUAUUUAUCAACCAGACUUUAUCUGGUAUACGGUUGGUGUCAUUGUUCGAAUUCUUUGGACACUAGUUUAUUCGCAACAAGGUUAUAUUCAUCCAGAUGAAUUUUUUCAAGGUCCAGAAGUUGUUUUUGACGAUAUAUUUCAAACAAAUUUAACACGAACACAUGAAUUUCAUCCGGCAGCACCUCUUCGUUCCGUAGCUAUUCUAUAUUUACUCUACGGUCUUCCUAUAUCAAUUCUUUCGUGGUUAUCAACAAUUCUGCAUUGGUCGUCGAUACCAUUUCAUCUAAAACUUAUUUUUCCACGUUUUGCGAUCCUUCUACUAUCAUUAUGUUCAGAUAUUCUUUUUUAUCGUAUGAUUAAAGUUUCUCACUCUAAUUUUAAUUCUAAACAAUAUGGAAUAAUUAUGAAUUAUUAUGGUAUAGCUCAUGUCACGCUUGUUUUUUUUACCCGUACAUUAUCAAAUUCAUUUGAAGCUUUUCUUUUUCUUGCUCUUAUUUACCUUGUCAAUGUUAAUAUGUCAUCGUUAUUAUCAAUAAUUACAAAUUCAUCGAAUAAGACUAAAUAUAAUGUGCAAUCAAUUCAUAUUAAUUUAAAUACAAUUGUAACUUCAUCGUUAAUUGGCUUUAUUUGUGCUUUGGGUAUAUUUAAUCGUCCGACGUUUCCAGCUUUUGCUCUAGUUCCGAUUGUUUAUUGGUUAGCAAAUAUAAUCCCACUGAUGAAUCAUUCAUUUCGAUUUCAAUUAUUAUUCGGUCGAAUAAUAUCGUUUAUAAUUGGAACUUUCAUUUUAGCAUCAUGUUUAAUUAUUCUCUUUGAUUCCUAUUAUUACAAUAAUGGAUUUUCAUUUAUUAUGGAUCUAAAAAAUCGUCUUAUUAUUUGUCCGUUAAAUUUUAUCGUCUAUAAUAUUGAUUCAAAAAACUUAGAUCAACAUGGUUUACAUCCACCUUGGCUUCAUUUUAUUGUCAAUGCAACAAUUUUAUAUGGUCCACUUCAUUUAUAUGUUGUUUUAUGGGGUUUAUUUCAUGUAUCGAAUAUAAGACAAUUCGGACAAUCCAUUAUUGAGCGAAUUUUAAAGAUUUUUCGUAAAAGAUCAGUCGCAAUUGAGAAAUCAGAACAAUCAAUCUCACCUUUUCUAAUCUAUCUUUAUUUGAUACCAUUUAUUCCAUUAUCGACAUUUCCUCACCAAGAAGCUCGAUUUCUUGUUCCACUUAUUUUUCCAUUAAUACUUUUCAUCGUACCUGUAUUAAUCACAAAAAAUCUUCAUACACUUUUAUUUCGUAUAUGGUUAGCAUUUAAUAUGUUCAUAUGCAUAAUCUAUGGUCACCUACAUCAAGGUGGUCUUUUGCCUGCUCUAAAAUAUAUUCAUGAUUAUCCUGUUGUGUCAUCCAAUGUAAUACCAAUUGUAACCAAUCCGAAUAAAAAAAUUCUUAUUACUUAUCAUACAUAUAUGCCUCCGGGUUAUUUGGUUACAUCUAUGUCAAAAUCAGAAUAUGACCAUAAACUACAAACAAUAGUAAUUGAUCUUAAGGGUGCAAGACGUGAAGAACUCGAUUUAACAAUCGAACGAAUAUUUCAUGAAUAUUCAAUGCAUAAUAAUCAAGUGUUUGUUCUUCUACCGAAUAUUUCUCAAACUUAUCUUAUUGAGUUGAAACAAGCAAAAUAUUCAUUUAAACUUAUAAAACAGUUUGCACCUCAUCUAGAUUUAGAUCAUGGCUUUGAAGAAUUAAUUCAUUUUAAAGAUCAACAAAAACAAUAUACAAUAUGGGAUAGAUUUAAGCUUGAUCUAUAUCAAGUAACACGUAAUUUAAUGUAA